AUGUCGGCUGCAGUGGCGAAACCCAGAGUGUAUGCCGAUGUCAAUAAUCAUCGACCUAGGGAUUACUGGGAUUAUGAAACUCAUGUCAUUGAAUGGGGGUAAGAUAGUAUGAAAGCUACACUAGAAUUUGGUAGAAGAUAGGUAGGCGGGCAUCUUUUGUAGUAAUAGGCCAUAUUUACAAAUGAUAUGUUAUGCUUGCCAUAGUUUGGUAUGGUCACUAUAAGUAUAUAUGAGAUGGAUGAAUAGCCCUUCUAGAAUAAUAUUGAAAUAGCCCAUAUUAGAAUAGAAUAGUUUUAUUUAAACCUGGUGAUUUCUUCAACGUAAAAACACUGGUAUGAAUGAUGUGUUAGUAUUUUGUACAAGAUAUUUAACUAUUUAUGAUAGACUAGAGACUCUUUAAAUGAAAAGGGCAAAUGCAAGUAUCAGGCAAUAUAUUGCUUGAGUAGAAACCCAUAAUUAUUUGCAUAGAUCUUCGAUAUCUUGAGUAUUAACUCAAACAGAUGAGGAGUUAUAAUAUGAAACAUAUUCCAAAUAUGGUGUGAAUUUGUACAUAUCUCAUUUCUUGAGAACACAAGAUGUCAUUAUUCAGAGUAUGUUUCGUAUUGUAUUUCUUAAAAAUUGUCAGGUGUAACAAAUAUAUGUCUUCUCAGAAAUGAGUUGAAUUUUCCAAGAGGUUUUGCAUAAUCUUCACACUGUGCUCAUUCAUUUUAUUUAUGCUUUUUUGCAAAACACUAUCUUAUAAUGUUGAAGGUCCCUGCUUACAAAAUGAAAGCUUUGCACAGUAAAUGGACCUGGCAUUUUCUACUAGACAAACAGUUGAAAAUAGUUUGUUGUGUAUCUAAAUUAACUUUGUACUCGUUCAUUUGAAAUAUUAAUUUGCUAAUUGGAUCAGAAGGUGAGCCAAUUUGUAGUUGAGAAUAAUGGCCAUUUAUGUAAAUGGUGCAUAAAAGGAACGUAAAGUCUGUAUUAUAUAAAGCCUCCUAACUUGCAGUAUGAGACUUAUCAUGUUUUCCAGAAGCUACAAUCCUGGCAAAAAUUAUUGCGUGUGCAAUAAUAGAAAUACCUGCCUUGCCCAAUACAUAUGCAAAAAGAGCAAAAACUUUUUAACUUUCCCCUCCCCCAUGUUCAAUGUUGAAAGUUUAUACUGUGAAUUGGUUAGAUGGAAGCUUUGUGAAAUGCAUGGGGAAGACAAAGAUGCCAACAUGUGUGUAUGAACAAUAAAAUUGCUGUGCUGAGUGGUUAUAUUACUACCUGAAAAAAAAACAAGCAGAAAUGCGAUGUUUUGAGCGAAGGCCCUUUGUCAAGAGUUUGUUACUUUGUAGCCUACUAACUCUUGACAGCCUUCACUCGAAAUGUUGAGUUUCUGCUUGUUUUUUUUUCAGGUAGUAAUAUAACCACUCAGCACAGCAAUUUCACAUAAUUGGCACUACCCACACUGGUACAGACAGUUUUAUGUGAACAGUAAUACUUUAGUUUGCACCUAAGAGUGCACAGAAUUUUUGCCAUGAUUGUAACUCCAUGACCCGGGUGCUCACCUCUGGUGUUUAUUGUGUGUACAGGCAGCAAGAUAAUUAUGAACUUGUGCGGAAAUUGGGACGAGGAAAAUAUAGCGAAGUGUUUGAAGCGAUAAAUAUCACAAAUGAUGAAAAAGUUGUUGUGAAAAUCUUAAAGGUUUGUGAUAAAUAUUAAAAACAAUCCUAAAUAGAAACAUUGUCUAUGCUUCUGUGUAAAAUUUUAACGAGGAUUUGAAGGCUUUAAUCAGCUCAACCAAUCAAUGCUAGGAAUGUUAACCCAUUGAGUGGCAGCACUUUCCCAUUCUUGUCAUCACAAGUCAAUUGUCUGGCUUGAAUGCUUCAACAGAGUAAAAUAAUAAAGUGGUGUCACGGUUAAACAUAAUUGUCUGAUCAGAUGUAAACCUGUCAAAUGUUCAUUAUAAACAUGAAACUGAUGAAAGUUUCAUGUGAGAAAAGAUAGGCCAUUGAUGUUUAUUAGUCAUGGCCUGAUUAUUUUUGCUUUUCCAAAAGGAAAAAUUAUUUGCUGGAAAACUAAUUGUUUUAUUUGCCUCUUGCAGCCUGUGAAGAAGAAGAAAAUUAAACGUGAAAUCAAGAUUUUAGAAAAUCUUCGUGGUGGUCCAAAUAUCAUAAAUCUCCUUGAUGUUGUCAAAGACCCAGUGGUAAAGAUUUUGUUGACUUGCUGUACAGUUAAUAGAAAAAUAGCCAUAUUUGUAUAAACUAUGCCGACUAGUAAAGUACCAUUGAAUUACACAAUCUCUUACAGUGCUUAUUUGUUUUAAUUUUUAGUCUAGAACGCCAGCAUUAAUUUUUGAAUAUGUAAAUAACACAGACUUCAAGGUAGGUUCAAUUCUGUAAUUUUGGUUUCCUUUAACAUUUAAAAUACAAUAUUAAACUAAAACAAAAAAAACCUUGAUAAACCCAAUACAUGGACUAAAAGCAAGACAUAAAUUUUAGAUGGUUAAAUUCUGUUUGAACUGAACAGAGUUAAAAAUAUUUUGAUGUUUGGGCAAAAAACCUUUGUCCUGAAGAUGAAGGGAUUAGUAUACAUUUUAAAAGCUAACCUCCUUCAAAACUUGUUCUUAAUCUAUUUAGUUACGAGGUUACAGUACUACUUGCUAAUUCUUGCCUUUUAUUUUGUAGCAACUCUACCAGACCUUCACAGAUUAUGAUAUAAGAUUUUAUUUAUAUGAACUUUUGAAGGUAACUGUUGAGGGCAACUUCAGAAAUUGUACAGUAUUAAUUCACUACCAAAUAAUUAACAUUAUUUUCUUAUUUUGAUAACCAUCGAUCAGGCCUAGAAAAUAUAUUUAUCUUCCUGGCAGCAAAAUUCAAAAAUUAAAAUUUCCUGUGUAUGUAAGUCAACUAUAAAAUGUAAAUUUCAGAGAGUGUGUGGACUAUGAUGCUGCACAUCUCGACUUGCAAAAUGGCAUUCCUGUAUAUAAGAUGACAAAAAUUUCCUACAAAGUGCAAGAAAAUUUCCUGCGAAGAUAUUUUGUUAAACAUUUCCUGGCAGCGGUGCUGCUGGCGCUGUCGGACAUUUUCCAGCACUGCCAUCGAUUGACUACCAUCUGUUGCAGAAUAGUGCUUGUGGAUAGCCACAUAAAAACAUCCAUUGUUUUUCUUAGGCAUUAGAUUUCUGUCAUAGCAUGGGAAUAAUGCAUCGAGACGUAAAACCACACAAUGUUAUGAUUGAUCACGAGAAGAAAAAGGUACCUUGUUACACCUUGUUGCACAUUGUUUGACCUCAUUAGAUCACAUUAGGCAUUGUCAAACCUCAUUAGACUUCAUUAGACAUUGUUAGACCCCAUUACACAUUGUUAAAUAUUUAUGGACCUCAUUAGUCAUUGUUAGAUCUAGUGAGACAUUGUUGGACCUUGUAUAGAGUAAAAUAAUAAAGUAGGGCACAUCAGGAUGCAUUGCACUUUAAAGGUUUAAGGCACUUGGCACUCCUGUUUGUAUAGUAACACUAGACCAAUCACAGAUAUUACUUGAAUAUUCCUUACUAAGUCUCUAGAGAGAACAAUUUAGAACAGAUAGAGCUAUUAACAUUGUAUUGAUGUUUUAAAAUUUGAAUUUUUAGCUACGACUUAUUGACUGGGGUUUGGCUGAGUUUUAUCAUCAAAACCAAGAAUAUAAUGUUCGGGUGGCAUCAAGAUAUUUCAAAGGACCAGAACUUCUUGUUGACCACCAGGUAUAAAUGAUCACAGUUUUAUUGAAGUCUGUUGGUCUUGCAUACAGUGUAAUUUGAUUAUUUGUGUCAAAAGAUGAACAAUCGUAGAUAAGCUCACUUGAAACUUUAAUUUUUUCACAACAGUUUGAGUUUCAAUCAGAUCAGCAUUUGAUUGAUAAAGUGACUGUAUUUUCAAUAUUUUUGGACUUUGUCUUUUCAUUCAGGAAUAUGAUUACUCUCUGGAUAUGUGGAGUUUUGGUUGUAUGUUAGCAAGCAUGGUAGGUUUCACAACAAAUGUUUAUAUAUGCAAUAUUAAGAAAAGAGGGAAAAAACAGUGACAGACACUUUAGAUUGCUGACCUGUAAUAAUUCACUUCAUGCAAAUUUCAAGUUUCCCUGUUUGGAAAAGCCUUGUUACACCUUAAUUACAAAAUUAGCUAAAACCUCAAUAUAUACUGGGAUGUCAUCCACAUUUUGUCCUUUCUAAUGCAACCCACUAAGAAAAGAAAAAUAAUUUGCAAAUAAUCUACAAAAUUUCAGAUUUUCAGAAAAGAACCGUUUUUCCAUGGCCACGAUAAUUAUGACCAGGUAAACGUGUGUGUUUUAUAGCUAGGUUUAAACGUAUAACGAACCAAUACGCGUGCACUUGCAUCUUGUACAAGACAGAACAAGUUAAUGCAUUGUAUGACUUGUUUGACUUAUAUUUUUAUUACUUGCAGCUUGUGAGAAUUGCCAAAGUUCUAGGAACUGAAGAAUUGUAUGAUUAUAUUGAAAAAUAUCACAUUGAACUUGACCCACGAUUUAAUGACAUAUUGGGAAGGUAUGUACAUUCAAGCAGUAAAUUUGUUUAUCUCAUGAGAUGCAUACAUUGCAUUUCUAUUUGGACAGUCUGUGUCAGUGUAGGGAGUGGCAAUAAUAAGAAAGCUCGGAUUAAUAGGGAUACAACUACCUGAAAAAUACAAGGAGAACUUCGACGUUUCGAGCGAAGGACCUUCGUCGGAAUGUUAGUGACGAAAGGCCUUCGCUCAAAACAUUGAAGUUAUCAUCCGAAACUUUCUCUGUAGACUACACUUCUAUUUUGAGUAUGUUUUGUCAUAUAUUUAUUGUGUUUAUUCUGUUUGUGUUUCAGACAUUCCAGGAAAAGGUGGGAAAGGUUUAUUCAUUCUGAGAAUGAACAUCUUGUCAGUCCCGAAGCAAUUGAUCUUCUUGACAAACUGUUACAUUAUGAUAUGCAGGUAUAGCGAAAUUCGAGAAUAUAUGACCAAUUCUUAGAAAUUUACCAUUGUUGUUAUUCGAGAAUAUAUGACCAAUUCUUAGAAAUUUACCAUUGUUGUUAUUCGAGAAUAUAUGACCAAUUCUUAGAAAUUUACCAUUGUUGUUAUUCGAGAAUAUAUGACCAAUUCUUAGAAAUUUACAAUUGUUGUUAUUCGAGAAUAUAUGACCAAUUCUUAGAAAUUUACAUUUGUUUAUCGUCACCAUUCUGGUAUCACAUCAUUGUAGGUCAGGUCAAGCUCGCAUCUCGAUCCAUAGGUAAUGUGGCUUUCGUCUUCAAACGUGCUGAAACCAUCUUAAUCCUGCUUCUAUCGAUUUUCCCGAUUUGGUGAACUUUCAUUUCUGCGUUAUUCUCUGAUCACUUGACUGUAAUAAUCUUUUAUCCCGUUCUAGGAACGUUUGACAGCUAGGGAGGCGAUGGAUCAUCCAUAUUUCUGUAAGUUUACAGGAUAUAUUUAACUUGUUUUAGCUCUUUCCAAACUGUUCUCCUAGAGGCCCAGUAACGCUUGCUACAUGAGGAAAUACAAACUAAAUUAAGUUUAUUUAUGGUGGAUAGUUCUAUCUUAGAGGUCCAGUAAGGACCAUCUUUCGUUGUUCCAGUGUUUCUACAUGGAAUUACUGGAGAAGCCCUGUGGUACUUGUUAUGCAACACGUGACUGAGGUGAAAUUAUGAUGAUAUGGCUGCAUAUUGCAGGAAUUGAACCUCACAGGUAAAAGACGCAUGUACUAACCAAUGUCUCGUAUCUUUUUUUAGACCCUGUUGUAAAAAAUGAGCAGUUAAACAACUCUCAGUCUCCGAACUCCAGUGCAGCCAACGGUGCCGCCAGCACAUCAGCCACCCCUGCUAUUACAUCAACGAACAACCCCCCGGUCACCGGUCCUCCCGCAACAUAA